UCACUAGGCAAAACCUCCUCCCUCCCUGUUUCUGUAAAUCUCGACCCCCUUGGAGUUAUUUAUAGCUCCGAGGACCGCCGACAACUAACGUAACUGCAGGAUCAAGAGCAAGGAAGGGAAAACGCGAAAAAAGACAAGACGGCAACGAGCGUCGGUCAUUACUUUUGAUGAGAAAGCUAUGGAAGUUAAAAUUAAUAUAGUGCUUUAUGCGCUAGUGAUACUGAUCCGCGCUUCUAGUUUUGGAGGUCACUGCACUGACAUGUCAGAAACUACCAGCCCUAUCUUCCACCAGACAGAAGCAGGGUCCACUCCCACCCUCCCACCCUCAACUUUCCCGGUACGAGGGAGCACAGAACCACAACCGGGCCCUCACAAACAGAACUCAUCUGACUCCUUCACCAGUGCUUCCACGCACUCCAGCAGCCCGGCUGCCAUGGAAAGCAUCGCUGUGGGGGUCAGCAGUAUGACCACGGUGCCCUCUCUCAUUACCCAUGAGCCUGCGGGCCUGGGUGGGACGGCCACACUGCAGCCAGAGAUGAAUGUUUCUCAAGAUACCUCCAACAUAAGCAGGUCGUCCAACCCGGCAAACGGUGUCAUCCAUAAAGAGGGUACCCGCCCCACUUCGGUCACUCUCAGCACGCUCAUACCCAUUUCCCAGAAUUCCACUCAUGGUACCACUGCUUCAGCACCUUACCCCCCCAACGUGAACACCCAGUUCACCCUGGAUCCUACAUAUCCCCACCCACUGGCCUCUACAUCUGCUCCAGCCUGGUUGCAUGUGGAAGACCCAUCUGAGCUCAACGUAGGGGACGACGUGCCGGUCCUGGUCCGCUCCAGGCCACCCCUGGACCCGCUCUUAGCUGGUCUGCUGUCUAUGUUCAUCGUGAUUGGCGCCAUCGCUUCCCUCUUCCUCUUCCUCAAGUUCCGGAACAACGGACGCCUGGAGUUUCAUCGACUGCAGGAUGUGCCGAUGGACGACAUGAUGGAGGACACGCCCUUAUCCAGGAACAAUUACUGACGGGAUGCCAUGGCGGCAGUGAUGACAAGCCGUCUGCAGUGCUCACCUGUCUCCUCGCUGAGCCUUUGACUUCUACUGGCGAUGGCUCAAAAUGUACCUACUCAAUAUGUCCAGAAAAUUCUGCAGCCUUUCAAGCACUUUAUUUCUUUUGUAUGUCUGUGAAGAUCUUUUAUCAGGUUCCAUCUGGAUUUUUGGGGAAAAAAAUGCAUUUAUUGAGCCACUGGGUGCUUGGUACUCUGAUGACGUUCAAAAAACUCCUAAGACGCUGUUACACCCUAGUGGUGACCUUGGACAUUGCAGUGGCAGAUUCAGGUCCCUUUGCGCUUACAGCAGAGAGUGAUAAUACAAAACAUUCACUAGACAUUUUUCUAAAAUGAGUCUCUGUCAGGGCAAAAAGUAUGAUGUAAUUUUGAGCAGAAGAUGCUGGCAAAAUAACGUUUGUGGAAAAAUCUGAGUUGCUGAAAUAUCACCAGUCUUCUAAAUUUAUGACAGUUUGCAUGAUGGUAGCUUCUCCUGAGCAGAAAUAUGGAUGGAAAUUUCAUCAAAUAACCGGCAAAGAUAGUAUAAACAUUCAAACUGAAUUUAGAGUUUUUGUUGGUUUUGCACAGUGUUUUCCAUAAGGCACAACUAAUGAGCUCUGACUGAAACGAAAAUUAAUUUUAGUUAUUCAUAUAUAACAUUCUGUCUGUCCAUUGUUGGCAACAUAAUAGACACCACUUACAGGAGGAAUCCACAUAAAACCAACAGAAGAGAAUGGAAUAUUUGAAUAUUGCUUGUUGUGGUAAUUGACUACUUGUUGUAUAGUGCCCAGUUGAAUAACAAUUCAGCAGUUUCCAUGUAGGACACUUGCAGUGGCUGGUCACUUUUCAAGAAUGUAAAAGCUCCCCUCUGGUAUCCUGGUCGUUUUUGAAGAUGGGAAGUCCACAGUGUAGCUCUGUCCAAUUCCACGGCAUGAAAUAAGCACCAGCCCCUGAUCCACCUCAUGUCCAUCCAAGCGCAUAGAUUUGGUUUCAGCAUUGGUAAGGACCAAAUCAGCCCUCCCUUAGUAGGGACCAAAUCCCUCACUCCCCUUAACACACACGGUACUCCCACAAUAUUGGUAGAGACGUGUCCCUACCAUCCAUACCCAAAUGUACACCCUUACUUCCAUUCAUAGAUGCAUUUCCGGCAAUUUAUCAAACAGUGGCAUGCAAAACCCCGACUCUGAUCGCGAGAUAAAUGUGACCCUCACUGAGCUCUCCUCUAAAAACAGCAUGAUGUACAGCUUUAUGUAGUGGUGGCAAAGUGCUACGCCUUUAACCUCUAACUAGCAUCUGCUGCCAUGUUUUUGUGCGGAGUUAAUGCCCGAGCAGUGUCCCGUGCCCCAGUGCACGACUCAAAGCUAAGGCACGACAUAGCCGUAAAGUUGGGGUGUUUCUCUGAGGCAUAGGAAACUUGAGCUGAUUAAUAUUUUUAAGACUUAGAGUAAUUCAGGGAUUGAACAACAACCGUGGUACAGAGGUAUGGAGUUUUUAAGACAAGUUGAUUGUACAAAUUAGGUAAAAUAUUGAAAUAAAGCUUUAUAUGUGAGGCAGAAAAAGAAGCAGUGCAUUUCUGUCCCUGUGAUUUAAUUUUUCUGAUAGAGCUGUAAGUGCCAAAAAGUGUAUUGUACUGUAAAAUUUUUAAAAGUUUACUGUAAGAAGUGAUUAAUAAAGUUUUCUGUCAUA